UUUUAUGUUCUUCUUUCUCUAUUCCUGAAAAAAAUGAACCAAAUUAAUGUAAUAAAUCAGUAAUAUUUUUCGGUUUCUAUUGAUUUGGUGUUAUUACAUGACAUGAUUAUUAGGAAUCUAUAGAUUUUGAAGUUUAUAAUGAGCUUCUACAGAGAUUUCAAGCGCAGAUACUUUACAAUAACUUUUCUUCAGUGUGUCUCAGAUUGAUAUAACAAUUCACCUCCUGUACUACAUUUUGUUAAUAAAAUUCUUGAAGAAUUUCCUCUUCCCUUCUUUUAAAAAAUUGAUUAUAUGUAAAGGCAGAUUCUCCAGGGGAAAAACUUUAUGAUUUUCUGCAGUGAGAGUUCAGUGCAUAAUUAAUGAACAGAUUAAAUCUUGGACUGUUCUUGAGCAUUUUUCCACAGAUUUUAAGGGUAGCAUAAGCAAGUUGGAUACAUGGGAAUGGUGCUUACCUAUAAAAAGUUACACGGUUUUAUAUUGGCCUGUAGAUAGUAUCCAGACAGAUAAAUCCUUGCAAACUACAUUGACUCUUAACUCUUAACCUGUUUUUUCUUUUUUUUUUCCAACAAGUCUCCUCAGUUUGUAUUCAGUAUCUAUGUACAUAAGUUAUUUAAAUAAUAAGUUGCUCCAGAGAUCCAUAAUGUAAACUCCAUUUUACUAAGUCAGUUGUGAUAGGCAAAAGCCUCAUGAGCCACUGCUAAUCUUUAAAACAGAAUUGGGAAACUCUCAAGUGAAAACAGAGCAAACAGAUGAGUGAAACACGUUUAUUAAUUUGUGAGCCACGUCAUAGCUUCCUGUUUAUGAUAAUGAAUGAUCAUGUCAUUCCACUCAGCUGCAAGAUGCCCCCAAAGUUCUAUAUAGAUCACAUGAAUUAUCCUGGCUUAGCUGGUUUGUACAAGAGCAGCCAAUUUUUCAGAAUCAUGUGAGUAACACUAAGACAAACACUGGUUGACUAAGAAAAACUUCUAAAUCCUUCAGGUCAGUGAUUAGUCUUCCAGUUUUGACUCAGAGUUCAAAGAAGUGGCAUGUGAAUAAAUAUUAUAGGAGAAAUGGAACAAUUACUGGAAUUCAUAUGACUGGCUGCAAUCACAGGAAUUAAAGACAUUUAUUUUUCCUUUAAAAUGCAGAAUUUGAAAAACAUUCUUUUUUCUUCUCUCCUCAUACUUCUACAGCACAUAUCCCACAUCACAAGCACGCUAAUACCGGCCAAUUAAUGUAUUCUAUUUUCUACUCAACAUACAUCCCUGCUACAGUUUUUGGAGUGGUAUCUACUGUCCUAACACUGAACUCUUGUGCUGUUGUUGACUCUUCGCUGGCUACCAUAAUAGGUUUAAGACACUUUUUUGGGGAAAAAAAAUAGCAAUGAUAAAUUCAGUUUUUCUGGUUUCAAGCAAACAAGUUUUUUGACUUAUCUCUCACUCACAUGAAUUUCUAAUAAUUUCUCUAUUCAGAAAACAAAGCCCCAGGGAGGUAGGGAGAGUGAGAGAUUGCUCAUGUUCUCCCUUCUCUCCCCACAGUUGCAAUAUCUGUUAAUUAAAUGUUGCGGCAGAUGCAUCAAAUUAACUCUCUAGGAUAAGGAUGAAGAUACUGCCUCUUUCUUCACUUGAAAUAAGGGUAAAUUUCACUCCUUGUAGUGAAGUCUACUCAUGUGCUGCUAUGUCCAACCAGGGAUGUCUAGUGCUGAGACAAAGCCCCAGAUAAAAGCCAAGAGUCAGGGCACUGGAGACUGCACCACACUGAAGAAAACCCCCUGUAUUUUGAAAGGGGGUGAAACCUACCCAUGAUCAUCUUUCUUAGUCUUGUGUUUUCACAGAGUAACUAUGAGGAACAUGAAUGCCAAAGAGAUUCUACCUAUUAUUCCUUGGAAAUCCUAUGGACACCUUCUCCAUCAGGAAACUACAGUUCUAGUCAUGACAAAAUCAAAACGUGUAAUUUGAAUCAUAAUCUCCUUUUUAGUCUUGCAUUUGGCUCAGAUUUUUAGGUAUUCAAGCAGAAAUAUGGUUUUCUUGGGCAACAACAGUGCUUAUGUAUAUCUUCCUACCUGAAUUAGACCCUCACCUUUUCUGGGCAAGGGAGAUUUCUUUCUCAUGUGUUUCUGCAGUACCAAUCACACUGCCAGCGGUCAAUAAAUUAUUCUAAUGAUAUCUGUGCAAAUAACAAUUGACUAUCUUUUAUUCAAAUAGCUUGAACUUAGUUGAUACUUUCCAGUAUUUAUAGCAGCAAUUGGAAGAGCCCCUUAACACUGAUCCAUUAUCUUUACUUUUAACUAGAGAAGCCCUGAAGAUUCUGAAUCUGCUGAAGUUCCUCCGGAGAGCAAGACAAUCAGCAAAAAAAGUUAGUAAGAAAAUCAGCCUGUUAGCAAUAAUGGUUCUGGUGGGUGACAGUCUUCACAAUUUUGCUGAUGGCCUGGUAAUAGGAGCAGCAUUCUCAUCCUCAACAGAAACAGGUGUGACAACGACUGUUGCUAUUUUAUGCCAUGAAAUUCCUCAUGAAAUGGGAGAUUUUGCUGUGCUGCUAAGUACAGGGCUCCCCACGAAGAUUGCAAUUCUGAUGAAUUUUAUAAGUGCACUGACAGCAUUCUUAGGACUUUAUAUUGGCCUUUCUCUAUCAACUGACCCAUCCAUUCAAAACUGGAUUUUUACUGUUACAGCUGGAAUGUUCUUGUAUUUAUCUUUAGCAGAAAUGCUUCCUGAAAUGACUCAUAUUCAGACGCGGCGACCCUGGUUGAUGUUUCUCCUACAGAACCUUGGAUUACUAUUAGGCUGGCUUUGCCUCUUACUUUUGGCUAUUUAUGAACAGAAAAUUAAAAUAUAAGUUUUCUGUUGGAAAUCUUGAAGUACCACUUAUGACAGUGGAUAGCAUUAUUCAUAAUUUUAUCAUAUCUGCUAUAGUGAUAUAUAAAUUAAGUUGCUGGGAUUUUAUAUCUGAACAGUAGAUAACUAUUUUACUUUAUUAACUUAUUGUUCAGAUUUUGUAAUUAUUUUUUUUGUGAACAUGAAUGUUUAGAAUUAUGUUUUAUUUGUUACUGAGUUUACCAGAUCCCAUGCUCAAACUCACAGGAGCUUUUGAUUAGUUUUUAUUGAGACCAUUCUAGUUGAAUGCUCUAAAUGAUCUCUGCCAGUCUGAUUUGAAGAAAAGAAUAAAAAACUUUUAUAUGCAAUGAUUAAAAUGGACUAACCAUAGUUGAAUAUUUUGGAUAAGAAAUGUUUUUCUGCCUCUUAGUACAAAAAAUUAAAGUAUUUCUAUAAAUCUAAAAAGCAUAGGGAAACUAGACUGCUAAAUGGCAUGUACCAAUCUUAUAAUAUCUGCACUGUCUACUUUGUCAACAUAAAUAUCCUCAGCAGUCAUAUCUUACUGGUCCACUGUGGCAGGAAAAAAAAUGACAAGCGUAAAAGUUUAUGAUGUAGAAAUCUUUUCAAACUGCAAUACAGUUUCUCAUACAUGUGAUGGAACCUAUGACAGUCAAGCACUGAACUAACUGCCUUUUGCAUUAUCUCACCCCUGAUGGUUGCUCAUAGCAAAUGCUUAUGAAGGAUUAUAAGAACUAUGUUUAAUUGUUUUUCACUGAUAUCCCUUCCAAGCUCCUCAAAUGAAGGAAUUCCUUGAGCCAAAUGUUGCUUCUGAGACAUCACAUUUAAUAAACACCAGUAGUGCCUUCCUGUCA